AAUUGGCACCUCAAGUAUAUAAAAGAUACAGCAAAACAUAUAAUAAGAAGAAUAGUUCAUGAUUGAUUUGGACUUCGCACUACUUGUUUUUAAUAGAAAACCAAGCACAAGAGUUAUGUUUACCAACACUAUUCUUUUUGGACAUGUCGUUCGAGUUAGACACCACAAUCCACAACCAUAUAGGAAAGUAUGUUCUGGUAUCUCAAGAUGGGGCAUAUUUUUGUUUCAGGAAUACCAUAAUGGAGCUAAGAUACUUCUCCAGAAACCAACAAAGUCGACAACACGAGAAGAUUAUAUAAAAUCCUCCUACCUCUAAGCUCUUUCCUUAUGUACCCCAAUCAUGAACAUUAUCUCAAUGAUUUUCCUAUUUCUACUACCGGUAUUCCUCCUCAUUGUUCGGAGGAGAAGAUCAUCGAAGAGGGUCCCACCAGGUUCCCUUGGAUUUCCAAUCAUCGGUCAAACUAACUUUUGUGUAUGGUGUUGAUGGUAGGUAUUACCUUUGAUGAAGACACUCACCUUCAACAUUAUUUGCUCUCUCCUUUUCGGGCUUGAACGUGGAGCGCAAAGAGACCAGAUGGUUCAUCAUUUCCAGCAGAUGAUAGAAGGAAUAUGGUCAAUCCCUAUAAACUUGCCUUUUACGCGCUUCAACCGCAGCCUUGAGGCAAGCAAAGAUGUCCAGAAAAUGCUGAAACAACUUAUUUCUGAGAAACGCCAUGAGCUCAACAACAACUUAGCUUCAUCCCACCAGGAUCUCAUCACCUGUUUGCUCAGCAUCGGUGGAGAGAACAAUCAAGAACUCAUAUCUGAAAAUGAAAUCAUUCAUAAUGUCAUGCUCAUCAUGAUUGCUGGACAUGACACUUCAUCCACCUUGAUAACUUUCAUGGUAAGACUUUUAGCAAAGAAUCCAAAUAUCUAUGCAGCCGUCCUUAAAGAGCAAGAAGAGAUUGCACAGAGCAAGUCACCUGGAGAGUCCCUAAUUUGGGAAGACCUUGGCAAGAUGAAAUACACCUGGAGAGUGGCAAUGGAGACAAUGAGAAUGUUCCCUCCAAUUUUCGGAGGCUUCAGGCAGACUGUAAAAGACAUCGAGUACGGAGGCUACCUCAUUCCGAAAGGAUGGCAAAUAUUCUGGGUAACAGCUAAAACACACAUGGAUAGCAGCAUUUUCCAAGAACCAGAGAAAUUUGAUCCAGAUCGCUUUGAGACCCCAGCAUCUUUGCCUCCUUACAACUUUGUUCCAUUCGGAGGGGGAGCCCGUAUAUGUCCUGGAUAUGAGUUUGCAAAGGUUGAAACUUUGGUUACAAUCCAUUACCUAGUGACACAUUUCACAUGGAAGCUAUGCUGCACAGAUGAUUUCUUCAGCAGGGACCCAAUGCCAGCACCAACUCAAGGACUUCCCGUUCAAAUAAUUCCCAGGAAACCUCUCUAAUUCAACAAAUUUAAUCCUACAUGCUUCUUCAAGAGGCAGCAGAGUUUGUAAACCUCAAGACUCCUAAGGGGAAUACUCCCUAUAUUAUUAUGUAUUCAUGUUAAAAGAUGUACACUUUAAGGUCUGACUAUCCAGCCACAUUUAUUGGAACUUUAUAUUCGAGAAUUGAGGGCUAAGCAUUGGAUGUGAAAAAUUGAAACUUUGAACAAGCAUAAGCAAAAAUCUCCUUUUUUUUCAAUAGGAAUAUUUUUCUAGAUUAGGCUUUACGGUUUAAAGUUUUACAACUUUUUCUGGAAACUUGAAGGCUAAAAAUUGGAUUGAAAGAUGGAAAAUUUCAUGGUCAUGUUUUACAUUUGUUACUCCUUUUAAGGUAAGUAACUUUUCAAAAUUUGGGGUUAGCGUUAAGAUAACUUUACAAUGGAAAGUUGAGUGAAGAUAUCUAAGGCUUUGAAGGCAGAAAGAAACAACUAACAUUCACUUAGAAUACCAACUCUAUUUCAUAUGUACAAGUUCUUUGGGAUUCAUUUUCCCAAGCUCGUUCAGUAACAAGGAACUUGUCAAGCUAGCAUUCUGGCCUGUGCAAAUUUCAAGAAGCACUGAAAGAACAAACUCUGUACAAACUCUUAAAUAAGAGCAACAUAUAUGUCCAUCAGCAACCUUGUACCUAGGGAAUUGUACAACAACCUGAGAACUGAUUAGUGGAGAAUUAUAUGUGACAUGCUAACCUCUAAUAAACAAAGGAAGAUGGGAAACUCUUGUCAACAACUUUGAGGUCUGUAAUAUUUCGGAGGC